AUGUCGGAGCAGCAUGAGCUAACUGCGCAACAGCUGCAGCAGUCCGCAGCGACUGCAUGGGCGCAAACCGGUGCGCAGGCUCUAUAUGCUACUACUCAACAGCAGUGGUUUGAGCAAAACCGGACCAGGAAGCGCGGACCACCGUCGACCCACGGUAUCAGUAGCAGCGGCCUCACAACGCCCGCGGAGCACACAGAGGACACGGAGAUGGCGGGCGCAGAGACUACUCCUCCGCCACAACCAGCGCAGGAGCAGCCGCACAACCUGAUUCAGCCGCUGGGAGUCGAAAAGGAGGCGGCGUAUUCGAUAACCGCAUCACAGAUGGGAGUGAACGCUCAAGAUCCCCAAAGCUACUCCUCCUGGAUGCAAGCAAGGCUUACGACGAGGCAGGAAGUUUUGGACACGAUCAGGGCCUACCACACCACGGUCAUCAGAUCAGAGAUCCAGAAUGUCGUCCUGCAAGUUGAGGGUAUCAUCAAACAGCUGGAUGACAAGCUACUCCGCACUCAUGACAAUCUUCAAUGGUUGGCAUCAGAGAGCCGCCAAGACCAGAAAAAACUGAGUGCACUGCAGGUUAUCACAACUGGAUGGUCCCCAGAGAUGUCAGCUGAAGAUAGACUGUUUAUGCUCUGUUGGAUGUUUGAACAGGUUGAGUAUUUCAGGACCUGGUUGUCGCAGCGUGCCUACAACAUCUCUGGCAAUGACAACCCCUAUGUUUGGCUCAACGUCUUGCAGCACGACCCGACCACUCCUCCCGCAGGUGACAAGCACUCG